GGGAGCGCGCGGCGCGCGCGCGCGCGUGUGUGUGUGUGUGUGUGUGUGUGUGUGAGAGCGAGAGAGAGAGAUCGCACUCAUGUGUGUGGAACGGGCUCAUCUGCUGCUGCUGCUCGCCUCAGGCUGGUGGUGUGUGUCCGGGAUCCGUGUGUUCACGGCGGGCGAUGUGAAGGCUGUUAACGGGACAGAUGUGCGUCUCAAAUGCACCUUCCAGACUUCAUCUGCGAUCCGAGCGCUGAGCGUCACAGUGUCCUGGAGCUUCAGACCGCUCGGCUCCGGACACGAGGAGACGGUGUUUUAUUAUCACGAGAAGCCGUUUCCCCCUUCGGACGGACGCUUCAAGAGGAAGGUGGAGUGGGCCGGAGACAUCAGCGGCCGUGAUGCGUCUGUGGUUCUGCGCAGGGUGCCGUUCUCGUUUAACGGGACGUUCAGCUGUCAGGUGAAGAACCCGCCGGACGUUCAUGGGAACGUGGGUGUGGUGCGUCUGCAGGUGGUCAGCACAGCUUCGAUCUCUGAGAUGCUGAUUCUGUGUGUGGCCGUCGGAGGAGCCGUUCUGCUGAUUCUGCUGCUGGUGAUGAUGGGGGUGUCCCUGCGCCGCUGUCACAGACGGAGGAACCCCGAGACAAACCACACCGUCCUCCAACACCAGCACAACCUGAUGAGCUGCUGAGAGCCUGACCAACACACACACACACACACACACACACACACACACACACACACCGUCCUCCAACACCAGCACAACCUGAUGAGCUGCUGAGAGCCUGAUCAACACACACACACACACACACACACACACACACACACACACACACACACCGUCCUCCAACACCAGCACAACCUGAUGAGCUGCUGAGAGCCUGAUCAACACACACACACACACACACACACACACACACCGUCCUCCAACACCAGCACAACCUGAUGAGCUGCUGAGAGCCUGAUCAACACACACACACACACACACACACACACACACACACACACACACACACACACACACUCACACAGACUCACACACACACACACACACACACACACACACACACUCACACACACACACACACACACACACACACACUCACACAGACUCACACACACACACACACACACACACACACACACACAGACACACACACACACACACACACACACACACACACACACACACACACACACACACUCACACAGACUCACACACACACACACACACACACACUCACACACACACACACACACACACACACACUCACACAGACUCACACACACACACACACACACACACACACAGACACACACACACACACACACACACACACACACACACACACACACACACACACACACAGACACACACACACACUCACACAGACUCACACACACACACACACACACACACACACCGUCCUCCAACACCAGCACAACCUGAUGAGCUGCUGAGAGCCUGAUCAACACACACACACACACACACACACACACACACACCGUCCUCCAACACCAGCACAACCUGAUGAGCUGCUGAGAGCCUGAUCAACACACACACACACACACACACACACACACUCACUCUCACACACACACACACACACACACACACACACCGUCCUCCAACACCAGCACAACCUGAUGAGCUGCUGAGAGCCUGAUCAACACACACACACACACACACACACACACACACACUCACUCUCACACACACACACACACACACACACACACACCGUCCUCCAACACCAGCACAACCUGAUGAGCUGCUGAGAGCCUGAUCAACACACACACACACACUCACAGACACACACACACACACACACACACACACACACACACACACACACACACACUCACAGACACACACACACACACACACACACACACACUCACACACACACACACACACACACACACACACACACACACACUCACACACACACACACACACACACACACACACACUCACACACACACACACACACACA